UAGUCUGAAUCAGAAUGAGCAACUACGACUUUACCGAUUUAGCUCGCAGCAUCGCGAGUAGAGAAACAAUCAAUGAUCACCGACUUGAAUAUCAUUCAGUCUCAAACAAAGGUGACGGUUAUACCGGAUCAGUACGUGCGGUGUCAAUUGUUGGCAGUAAUAAAAAAUUAGAAGUGGUUUUUAAAUAUUCUCAUCGUGAUCCCAUCGCUCAUGAAAAUCUACCUCUGCGUCAUGCAUACACAUCAGAAAUUCGUUUCUACGAGCAGAUUGCGCCGGCUUUUACAAAGUUUCAAGAUAAACACAACGUCCAGGAUCCAUUUAACCAUUCAGUAGCGUAUUAUGGAUGCAUUAAUGAACCACUAAACGAGUGUCUAGCAAUGGAGAAUAUUCAAUGCAGUAAUUAUCACUUGUGGGAUAGAAAAAAGCAAAUGAAUUCAUCGCAUUUAGAACUCGCGUUGAAAACAUUUGCAAAACUGCACGGUACGUCAAUGGCAAUGAAAAAAUUAGAUCCUGAGUUGUAUUUGAACAUCACUGAUGGUCUGGAUGAUUUCAAUAUUUGGAAAGAUUUUGUUGAAAAAAGUGAUUUAUAUACGCAAACAAGUGACCAUAUUAACACCAUGAAUAUUUUUGAUCCAAACACUGAGAAAAAAUAUUAUGAAAAGCUGGAGUAUUUCCGUGUUAAUAUGAAAGAAUUAAUUGAUCCAAUUCUUGAUUAUCAUGAUAAGUAUGAUGUUAUUUUGCAAGGCGAUUGUUGGAAUAACAAUGCAAUGUAUCAGUAUGAUGAUGAAAACGAUCGAUCAACACCUACAAAUAUUAAAUUAUUAGACUGGCAGAUAAUUCAAACUGGUUCGAUUGUUAUGGAUUUGUCAUACUUCUUUUAUACUAUUGCAUCAAAAGAAAAUAUUGACGAUCUGGAUAAAUACAUGAAAUUUUAUCAUCAAGCUCUGGCAGAUCACCUAAACGCAUUUGAUUUAAAUAUUGAGGAAGUGUAUCCUUACAGUGUGUUUUUAAACCAUUGGAAAAAAAUAUCACUUUUUGGAUUAAUUCAAGCAUUUUCCAUGCGUAAAAUGAUGUUGUUGGAACAAGAAGAUGCUCCUGAUUUCGCCGAAGGAGUUGAUUACCUAAAUACUAUGUAUAUUGAUGAAGAAAAAGAUAAACUCUACAAGCAGCAGAUGAAAGACAUUGUGAUACAUUUUAUUGAUCGUGAAUUUUUGUAAAAUCAUCAAUUUUUUAUACCAAAUAUCUGUAUUUAUUAGCGAGACGAUUAACAUUUUACUAUUAUUUCGUUUUUAUUAUUAUUUAAUGAUCUGUUUCCAUUAACCCGUGUUUUGUUUAGUAAUGCACUUAGAUUAUAAUGUAAAUUAAUUGCUAUUUUAAAUAAAAUAUUCACGUCGUAAAAACAAAGAUAAAA